UUGACAUUUGUUGCAUUGUGGGAGCCAUGAUUGACACGGGCGCCAUUUUGCUCCCCGCGCUUCCUUCCCUUCCAUUGUGUACGUACGAGAUAGUAAAUAUCUGACACUGCAACAACACGCUCGAGUCACUGCGACGAAACUACGCUUCAAAUACCCUUGGUUGAUACUCAGUGGUAAUGGCUCGUACCAAGCAAACCGCCCGUAAGUCCACAGGAGGAAAGGCUCCUCGUAAGCAGCUGGCCACUAAGGCUGCUCGUAAAAGUGCCCCCUCGACCGGUGGUGUUAAAAAGCCCCACCGUUACAGGCCCGGUACCGUGGCUCUGAGGGAGAUUCGUCGGUACCAGAAGUCCACAGAGCUGCUGAUCCGUAAACUGCCCUUCCAGCGCUUGGUCAGGGAGAUUGCGCAGGACUUCAAAACUGACUUGCGUUUUCAGAGCGCUGCCAUUGGGGCUCUGCAGGAAGCCAGUGAGGCAUACUUGGUGGGACUGUUUGAGGACACCAACCUGUGUGCCAUCCACGCCAAGAGGGUCACCAUCAUGCCCAAGGACAUCCAGCUGGCCCGCCGAAUCCGUGGCGAGCGUGCUUAGAAAGCUCCUUUUUUUGACAUUUGUUCCCUUUUUCUUUCUUGACCUAUCCUCACUCCUAUCUCCGCUUGUCAGUAGAUUCUUAAAAGGUAGAUUUACUUUAUGUCGAUGUCUGCUCUCUGAUGUUUCAUCGUCUUCACCAAAUCUUUUAGGGUACUUUUUUCGUGCACUUCCACAGUGUUGAAGAUCAGACGAACAUGGGCAUGCAAAUUUGCCCAUGCUGGCUUUUAGGGGGCGGGGCUUAUCCAGACACCACCGGUCACACCUCUGGGUCCACGUGGAUUCCUGGGCUGCAGAGGGGCUAGUCUGCUUAAGGGGAGCUGCAACUUCCACAGCAGGGUGCUAUUAAAACUAGCCCCAACACUUCUGCCCUGUCUUACACCCGCAUAGUCCGUUGUCAGGACCCCCCCCCCCCCCCCAA